CCCGCAGCAAUGCACACCGAGGAGCUGACCGAGCCGGAGGCCGGACACUGAACUGUGAUAAACACAGCCAGAGACCAUAGAGACGGGACCCUCCACCAGAGACCAUAGAGACGGGACCCUCCACCAGAGACCAUAGAGACGGGACCCUCCACCAGAGACCAUAGAGACGGGACCCUCCACCAGAGACCAUAGAGACGGGACCCUCCACCAGAGACCAUAGAGACGGGACCCUCCACCAGAGACCAUAGAGACGGGACCCUCCACCAGAGACCAUAGAGACGGGACCCUGAACCAGAGACCAUAGAGACGGGACCCUGAACCAGAGACUGACUGGUGGCGGACAGAGGCUAGUCGGGUGUGACUAGUGGCCGGACAGAGGCUAGUCGGGUGUGACUAGUGACGGGACAGAGGCUAGUCGGGUGUGACUAGUGGCGGGACAGAGGCUAGUCGGGUGUGACUAGUGGCCAGGAAGAUCCAUAGUAAAUAUAUUGACACUUUAGUGAGGUCCGGGGGGGGGGGGGGUAAAAAGUGACCACUUUCUGAAGCCCUCCCCAUAAUGUCGCUCUCUUUCCCCUUCUCGAGUGGAGCUUUACGUUCUCUGCAGCUGGAGGCGGAGGAGCAGGAAAGGUGGGAGAAAAGGAAAAAACUUAGCAGGGUAGCUCGGAGACCCUCGGUGAAUGCUCGCCGUUUAGUGAAAGCUCCUCCCCAACUGACCUCGGUGUGUACUGACCCCCUCUUCCACCAAGCCAUCUUCACUGGUGACCUGGCCACCUUGCAAGUUUACAUGGAGGCAAAGGCCUCUGCCAACGUCCUUGUUCCUUCCAGGAAUCACGACCUCCGCUGGAACUGCCAGCAGGCUGGAAUCUGGUCUUUGACUUAUGAAGAGGAAUAUACUUGCCCCCUCUAUGUGACUGCUAGUCGUGGUUACUCCGACUGCCUCCAGCUCCUCCUCAAGAAGGGGGCUGAAGUGGACUUUUCCCCCAGUGGGGAGAGCGCCUUACAUGGAGCCUGCCAAAAUGGCCACAGCGAAUGUGUGAGGCUUCUACUGAGACACGGCGCCAAUCCCAACAUGGAAUCCCAAAACGGGACUUUCCCUCUCCAUCACUGCCAGAAGCCGGAGUCCUACCACUGCGCCAAGCUUCUUCUCCAAUAUGGCGCCCAUGUGAACCGGCAGACGGAGGACGAGGAGUUCACCCCUCUCCAUGUGGCAGCUCAGCAUGGGUUGCUGGAACACGUUGACCUUUACCUGCGUCAUGGAGCCGCUGUCGAUAAGAGAAGUAUAAAUGGGGAGACCCCACUGAGUGUUGCGUGUAGUCAUCCUCAGGGACCCCAGGAUUUGGACAGGUACUUCCAGGUGUGUCAGAAUCUCAUACAGCAUGGAGCGGACAUCCUCAGCCGGGACAAGGACCAGCAGAACCCUCUACACUUGGCCUGUAAAAGUGCCAAUCCUCAGGUGGUGGAGCUGCUCUUGGAGAAGGGGGCCGAGGUCAACACCAUGAGCUAUAGUGGAAACACCGCCAUGCAGAACAUUCUCCAGGUGACCUCAUACAAGCUUCAGAACCAACCAGAACUCAUUGUGCGGGCACUGCUGAAUCAUGGGGCCGUUCGGGUGUGGCCAGGAUCCCUCAUCAAGGUUCUGCGUUAUUGUUACACGUCUCCGCGGACGGUGGAAGUUCUGCUGAACACGUACAGUAAGCUGCGAGGGACAGAAGACUGGGCCGAGGUGGUACCAGAAGAAGAACAACAGAAACAUCUCCAGUUCUUCCAGUCGGUCUUCUCGCUGUCCCGCAGUCCGCGUUCUCUUCAGCAUCUCUGUCGCUGUGCUCUGCGCUCACACCUGGAGGGCCGGAUGCCUCGGGUUCUGCCCAAGCUGCCUUUACCACCUCCGAUCCUACAGUUCCUACAGCUUCACUUCGAGGACAUCCUGUACUGAGAAAUCCGACUCCUUCCCACUCAUGGAAUGACAUUUUGCUGCUUUCUGUAUCUCUCCACAAGAUGGCGACACUGAUCCUCCGACUUCACUGGCCCAGAACUCCUCAUGAGAAGGAUCAGCAUGACAGCCAGGCAACGAGCAUUUCCUUAUUCCUCAAUCUCCGUCCUCCCUUUCUUCCAUUGUUACCCUUCUCCUCUGCUGCGGAUAGAAUGACUGCCCUGCCCCCCCCAUAUCCUCCCGCAAACCCCCCCAUUCUCCCGAAGGGCCCCCAUGAUUCUGCAGUGCCUCCCACUUUCCUGCAUAGUCCCCCCAACCUCCUGCAAAACUUCCUGCAGAGUCCCCUAUCCUCCUGCAGGGCCCCACCCCCAUGCUCCUGCUGAACCCCCAAUCCUCCUGAAGGGCCCC